ACAAAGGCUGGGUGUGUAAAUAGCUGCACUGAAGUGUUUCAUAAUCACUAAUGUAAGCCUUUGGGUGCCAAGAAAGGGUGUAUUUAUGGAAAAGGAAGUUGGGGAGAGGUUCAGAGGGUUGGCUUUUGAGCUGAGCUUUCAAAAGUUUCUUGCUUUAGGCCAAAAGGUCUCUUGGAACAGGACAAGGUGAUGUUAAAAGGAGGAGGGGCUGUGGGUGGGGGCAGCUUGAAAGCUAUUAUCCCCUUUAUGACAUUGCCUCAGGCACAUGGCUAUUUCCUAGUUUCCAGCGAAUGUAAAGGAGCUCACAGUGAAGCUGGAUGUCCACUAGAAUUUGGCAGUGGCUCACUCCACCCUCACUGGACAGCACUGCCUGUGUGAGCCAGAACUCUGAUUUGUCACAGGUCUAUCUCCCAAGGUUUAGAGCCCAUAAAACCAAAUCUACCAGUUGAUGAGUACUGACUGGAUGGUUGCCAAUCAGCUAACCCUCUCCUGAGGACAUGCCUUUUGGAAAGCCCAGUCACCAGCCAAAGGUUUGGAAAGGGUGAUCUCAGUGGUAGAUGUUGGCUGGACAGCUGAGCAGAUGGCCCAUCUUUGCUGUAUGAGCAGAUGUACAGUGACCAAACAAAGCUGGAUUCUUAGAUGCUGCUAGAGUUGCCCUCUCAAACUGUCCAUUUGGUAUUUACAUGACCAAUAGACAACAGUUCUGAGUGACAAUGUGGACUUGUGUUUAAUACUGUUUAAGUGUGGAGCUUUGGAGUUGGACCUGGGGUCCAGUGCUGCCUCUGCCGUGUGAUUUAAGGCAAAUGAUUUAACGUCUUAGUGCCAUAUUUAUCUCACCUGUGAGAUUUGAGGGUAACACUUUCCUAGUAUCUCCAAAAAGAUUUCUUACAGUUUUGUCUUGAGGGCUGUUGCAUGACUUCUAUUUUUUUCUGCAGGUGACUCAAAUGAUGAUUUUUUUUUUUCUAUUUCCAAGUUAUUUGUGGGGGUAAGGGGGUGCAUUAUGCACUUGACUGCCCUGGCUUUUAAAUCUACCCUAUAAGGACCUUACCCUAACCCCAUCUGCCAGGCCCUGAAGAUUUGAUCCCCUGUCACCAGGCUACUGGCUUCCUUUUGGUUCCCCAGAAAGGUUUUUACCUUCUUCAGUGCUGUUGCUGAGACUUUUCUCUCCUUGGAAUGCUGUACCUCCCCUGGCCUACUCCUUGCUACCUUUGCAUUCAGUAGGCCUCAGCUAAAUGGCAUCUCUUUAGAAAAGACAACCUUGAGCACCUUAUCCAAAGUAUGCCCCCUUCCUGGUUUCAGUUGAUUGUUUGUUCAUUGCUCUCACAUACCUUACAGCUAUUUUAUUCCUUUGUUGCUUGCUUCUUGUUUGUUUUCCCUCCACUGGGCUGUAGGCUCCGGGACCAUGUCUAGCUCGUUCUUCCGGCCCCCAGCAUCUAACCCAUCGCCUAGCACAAGGUCCUCUGUGAAUACUGUGUAAUGAGUGAAGCCCCAGGAAGCGCUCCGUAAAGAAUCAGGGCACUGUUAGGCCGGUGCUUUGUGCUUACAACUUCAGCGCCCCGUUUAUUAACGGUGUGGAGCAGGUGGGGCCUGGUGUUCAGACCUCUGGAAGGAGCCCCCAACCAGUCACCGGAAGCCCGAUUGUGUCAGGAAUGGUUUCCAAGACAACAAAAAACAGAGGGCGGGGCCUCAAAGAGGGCCCCUCUUGGGCCCUCCCGCGAGAGGCAGCAGAGCGCCUACGGGAGGCGGGCUCGGGUCCGGGGAAAGCGCGUGCGCACGGCAAGCGGCGCAUGCAGGUCUCCGGCGCCACGCAGCUCCUGAGCACGGGGGAGCCGGGGGCCACGCACCUGGGCUUCACCGCCUGCUACGGCCGGGAUAGGGGCCCGGUGGGCAGCUGGCCGCGCAGGCCGCAGCCACCCGAGUCCCGCACCAGUUCUCCCGCCUCAUGGCCCUGGUCCCGCCACUCCGAACUCCGACUUCCCGAAGAGGCUGCCGCAGGCUGCCAAAGCUGGGAGGGCAGCCUAGCCCUGGCGCGCCUCCUAGGUUGCGCCCUCGAGUCCUCCCCAGACCGCAGCCACGCCCAGGGCGCCGCGGAACCCCGCCCCCGCGGCCCUUCUCCCACCAAGACCCAGGAGGACGCCACGCCGCCGCCGGACGGUUCUCUUGUCCUUUGGCGAGGAUUCUCCAAGGCGUCUCAAUACAUGGGCCGGCUCAGAAAUGCCAAGAUCCACGUGGAGAGAGCUGUCAAGAAGAAGGUCUUUAUGAUCCAAGGCCGCUACCCUGUGAUCCGGUGCCUCCUGCGCCGGAGGGGCUGGGUGGAGAAGAAGAUGGUCCAUCACUUGGGCAAUAACCUGCCACCAUCGCAGAAGGAUCUGGAUAGCUCAGUAAUGGGUGACAGUGACACCACUGAAGAUGAGGAUGAAGAUGAGGUUGAGGCAUUCCGGCCAGCACAGCUGUUCACCUUUGAUGACAUACUGGAAUUUGAUGACCUACAUGGGACGCAUGCUCUGAUGUCCCGCAUGGUUCGGAACGAGGUCCCCUACUUCAUCUGGACCACUCGGCGGGAUGUGCUGGACUGUCGCUUACUGUCCAAGGAUCAAAUGAUAAACCACUAUGCCCGGGCAGGCUCCUUUACCACAAAGGUGGGUCUCUGUCUCAAUCUCCGGAAUCUGCUGUGGUUUGACGAGGCUGAUGCCGACUCCUUCUUCCCGCGCUGCUACUGCCUGGGGGCUGAGGACGAUAAGAAGGCCUUCAUAGAGGACUUCUGGCUGACUGCUGCCCGCAACGUUCUCAAGCUGGUGGUAAAAUCCGAAUGGAAGUCAUACUCUAUCCAGGCAGAAGAGGAAGAAGCCCCAGGAGACAAGCAGCUCAAGAAACAGGAGAAAAAAACAGUGACAGUGUCCCCAGAGUUUGUAGAUGAGGCUCUGUGUGUCUGUGAGGAGCACCUUAGCAACCUGGCCCACGUGGACAUCGACAAGGACCUGGAGGCCCCCCUGUACCUGAGCCCAGAGGGCUGGUCCCUCUUCCUCCAGCGCUACUACCAAGUGGUCCACGAGGGGGCAGAACUCAGGCACCUCGACACUCAGGUCCAGCGCUGUGAGGACAUCCUGCAGCAGCUGCGGGCCGUGGUGCCCCAGAUGGACAUGGAAGGAGAUUGCAACAUCUGGAUCGUGAAGCCAGGAGCCAAGUCCCGUGGACGAGGCAUCGUGUGCAUGGACCACUUGGAGGAGAUGCUGAAGCUGGUGGACAGCAACCCCAUGAUGAUGAAGGACGGUAAAUGGGUGGUGCAGAAGUAUAUUGAGCGGCCCCUGCUCAUCUUUGGCACCAAGUUUGAUCUGAGACAGUGGUUCCUGGUGACCGACUGGAACCCACUUACUGUGUGGUUCUACCGCGACAGCUACAUCCGCUUCUCCACACAGCCCUUCUCCCUGAAGAACCUGGACAACUCUGUGCACCUGUGCAACAACUCCAUCCAGAGACACCUGGAGAACUCGUGCCACCGGCACCCGCUGCUGCCCUCGGACAACAUGUGGUCGAGCAAGAAGUUCCAAGCCCACUUGCAGGAGAUUGGGGCCCCAAACGCCUGGUCAACUAUCAUCGUGCCCGGCAUGAAGGCCGCGGUGAUCCAUGCCCUCCAGACGUCCCAGGACACCGUACAAUGUCGCAAAGCCAGCUUCGAACUCUACGGUGCUGACUUUGUAUUCGGUGAGGACUUCCAGCCCUGGCUGAUCGAGAUCAACGCCAGCCCCACCAUGGCGCCCUCCACGGCGGUCACUGCCCGGCUCUGUGCUGGAGUGCAAGCUGACACACUGCGUGUGGUCAUCGACCGGCGACUGGACCGCAGCUGUGACACGGGAGCCUUUGAGCUCAUCUACAAGCAGCCUGCUGUGGAGGUGCCCCAGUAUGUGGGUAUCCGGCUCCUAGUAGAGGGUUCCACCAUCAAGAAGCCCCUGGCGAUGUGUCACCAGCGGACAGCGGUCCGCCCAGCCCUCUCUCACCUGCUGACCCAGCGAGGCUCUGGGGAAGGCAAGGACUCGGGAACCCUUACCCACAGGUCAGCUUCUAGGAAAGUUGCUGGGGCCAGGAGCCUGGGGCACACUGAGAAGCCAGACUCCACUGUCACCACCUCGGCCCCUGGAAAGGGGAAGAAAGGCAAGGUGAAAAGUGUCACAGCCCUGGUCCACCCCAGUUGCCGAAAGUGGGACUCCCCCAGCACGAGGAUGGGUUGCAUAUUCACCAUGACCUUUGCUAGUGGGGACAGGCCCUCCCACCCCUUGAACAUAUUGUCAUUGAGUCCAAAGAACCUCCAGACCCUGGGUAACACCAUUCUCCCCCGAUACCCCAGGGUCCCGAGGCAGUUUCUUCCUGCUCUCCAAGCCACUCCAAACCACCCCACCCUUAGCCCCACCAGAGAGCCACCAGUAGUAAGUAAAAGCCACCAUGUACAAAGUAUUUUUUAAAAAUACACAGCCAGAUGAGCAUUGGCCCCUCCAAAGCAGUCAUUCAGCGAGGCAGUUGGUACAUAUUUCAAUCCCAGGUUGAUCUUUCUCCAGAGCCCAAGCUUUUCCUGAUGCAGUAUUGUGUCUUUGCCUCCAUGCAAAGUCGCCUCUUGGGGAAGGGAACUAAUAUCUGUAUAGUACUUAACAGUUUACACUGUGUCACCACCUGACCAGCUCCUUUAGUCCUCACGACUUAGCGAGGUAGGUGCUGUUGUCCCCAUUUUCCAGUCAAGGUAUCAGGAAGUUUAAGGAAGUUGCCCGAGGUUGCACAGCUCAGAAGGGGCAGAGCUGGGAUGCAGACCCAGGUCUGUUGGACUCCAAACCUUGGGUUCUCCCUGUGGCCUCUGGAGGAAGAACUGGGAGGGCUCUACCUGCCCUCACAUGCCUGGCCCUCAUCUCUCCCCACCUCCCCUCCUCACAUGUCCUGAGGGGUAGCUGGCCAGCCUUGGGCCCUCCCCAGGCACUCACAGCCGCUCUUGCUCCCACAGCCUCUUACCACUUCCCCAGCCUCCACAGCAAGGGCCGGCUGCCUUCUCCCCAUGUGCUCCAACCCCAGGGGCAGGUCCUCAGACUGCAGCACAGCAAGCUGGUGGGCUCUGAGGCCCUGUCGACCACAGGCAAGGCCUUGAUGACUCUACCUACCGCCAAGGUUUUGAUUUCCCUCCCACCUAACCCUGAGCUCAAGCUGCCAUCCAACGCCCUGAAACCAAGAGAGGUGGGCUUUGAACUGUGACCUGUACCCUAGUAGGCAGUGCUGAGUACUGGGGUCAGGGCUGGAGGGCAGGUAGAGGGAAGCCCCCAGGCUGACCUGAGCCCCAAGGGAAGAGCUUGUAUCCCUUAGAACCCCCUUCCUGGACAGAUUCCUGAUCGUCUCUCCCCUUCUCCCCUCCUUUCACACUGAGGCUCUUGCUCCCCAGUGCGUUCACGGUCCCCAGCUUGGAAGUAACUUGUGGUCUCCACCCUUUGAAGCUGGGAGUCUUCCUAGCACCCAUGGGAAGAUCAAGGCCAAAGGCAAGUUCAAGGCCAGACUUUGUGACAAACCCAAGGCUGAGAAAUGCCUCAUGACAACACUGAGCCUUCCAGGACCCCUGCCCUGUAUCAGUGCACAUCAUGGGCUGGCGGGAAUGAGGGACAUGAGGCUACAGAAGCCCUUGCUUCCAUCCUCACUGCCCUUAUCCUGGAUGCAGCACCAAAUAAAAAAGAAAAUGAAGUAUUCGA